AUGUAUCUCGCCAGCUCUUUUCUUGUCAUGCUCAUCACUUUCUUUGCAUCCCUAUCAACUGCAGCACCCAUAUAUCGCAUGGAGCUACAUUACCAACAAAUAAAGCAAGGACUUCAGUCGAACACCGUUCGGCAAUCCAUGAACCAAGCGAAUACAGCUAUCGCCAACUACCUUGACCCGGAGAUUUGGCCAGAGAGUGCUUCUGAACCCCGAAUCAAUAUAUUUGCAGACGUCCUCAAGCAGAUCCGUCAAUUACCACAUCAGCUGUUGACUCCUCCCGCAGACAUAAAAGAAAGGUUCGCUCGAAACACUCGAGAUGAACUUGGCUAUGCAGAGUGGUUAGUGGAAAUCACCUUGUAA